UUGCUAGUAAAUAACUUCUCAUAAAAGGAAAAAUAGAAGAAUUUCCAGUACCAAAGCAAUCAAUUCCCGCCUUUGUUCGACCCAAUUUUUCUAUCUCCUGGAACUUAAUUUUUCUAAUUUCCUGCACCUGAAUUUGAUUUUCAUCCUGGCUGAAUCUCAAUGGACGACUCAAAAUCAUCCGCAGAUGAUGGGGAGAUUAAUGCUGGGUGUGGAAUCAAAUCAAGUGUAACGAUGAAGGACGCAAUCGCGUUUAUGUAUUCAGGUAAAACUGUACUUGGGGCUAAAAGCGAUGGUUUUGUUAAUCUUUUUAAAGACUACGCGGCAAAAAGAAUUGAUGCCAGGCAAGUUAUAUCAGGGGCAAUACUGUUGUUAAAAGGGCACAGGGAUGAAUUAAUCUUGUUGCAGGCUUCAAUUUGUUCUUGCCUCAAGCACAUGCGAUUUCUGUUCCACUUGAGGAUGAUGCAUUUGCAGGGGAAAUGGAACCGUUUUUAGAAGAUGCACUUAAAUUCAUUAAGAAUGUCAAGGUAAAUUGAAAAGCAACAAGAUUAUCUCCAGCCUGAGAAGCUUCUAAGAUGUACACAGUUUUGCAAAUUGCAGGAACAGCUGAAUGCUGAACAACUUGCUUACUUCUUGAAUCUUCAACAUGAACAUCAACAUAUGAGAAAAAGUUUUGAGGACUUGUACUCAGAGAUUGGCAUUCUUUUCAGCAAUAAGCCAGAUCUGUUACAAGAUUUUAACUACUUUUUACCUGCCUUUGAAGCCAAUGAUCACCCAAGAUGAGAUAUCUCAUGCAUAAGCAGAAUGAAAGUCCAAAUAUGGAGACAAGAUUUUGUGCUUCCUUACUUGGCCCAUUUUUAGUAUGAAAUAUACUAUACGCUAUUGGGUAUUUUGUUGCCAAACAACCUCCAACAGGCGAUGAUGUUUAACGGUUAAUUUCAUAGGCUCCGGCCGAGGAUUGAGAUAUGAAAUCAACACCCCAAUUUUCAUUUGUGGUUUUUAACGUGUGGCACAAUUGAGAAAACAUAAAGCAGCUGUUUCUUCCGUUGCGUGAACUAUAUAGCCGCAAGUUCUCUCUCCUCUUUGUGAGUUUGCAGCCAACUUCUCCUCUUUGUGAGAUAAAUUCUUUGUCGGUUAUUCAUAUACUCGGGCAACCUUAGUUUAUGAUUUGUGGGUUGAGCAAUUGCUCUUUGGUGUUGAUAUUGGUUUCUGUUACGUGUACAUCAAUUGAAGAUCUGG